AUGGCAGACUCAGGAGGGUCCCCGAGGUGUGCGCUUUGUUUCUUAUCUACGCCUCUUUCCCAGAAAGUUCCUGAGAAGUCCGACACCACGCUGCGCUGCGUGAUAUCUGGUCAGCCCAAACCAGAGGUAACUUGGUAUAAGGAUGGUCAAACCAUAGAGGGAUCCGACAUUAUUUCCAGCUAUGAAUUCUUCGAGAAUCAGUAUAUUCACAUGUUACAUCUCUAUGGCUGCACCCCCAAAGACGCUGCUGUUUAUCAAGUCUCUGCUAAAAACUGUUUCGGAAUGAUCUGCUCUUCUGCAUCCAUUGAAAUCGAGGGCUUCUCCCAAAAGCCACAAUGCUGCUCCACCCUGAAAGGCGAUGGGGACACAGGUCAUCUCCAUGCAACAGAGACACAUGAGCAGGAGAACACAAAUCAAACGGAUGGAAAAGAACAGCCCUAUAAGGAAGAAGAAAGCGCCUCCUUGGGGACUGCCCUGUCAGCUGACUCCCCCUCCUCCAGAUGCGAAGGGCUGUGCUCUGGCGGGUCACUGGCCAGCAGCGACAUCACAGUACCCAGCGCAGAAAAUCCCUUGGGUGGUGGAGGAAGGAGGCGCGCGGAAGAGGCAUCACAGCCGAAUACCAGCGAGGAAACUGCAGAUGGGCUUCUUUGCCCCAGUUCAAGUAAUAGUUCCCAUGAACAAGAGGCGUGUGGGCCCAGGAAUGUGGGCUCCCAGGGGUCAAGGUCAAAAGAGGGAGCCUUGAGAGCAGAUGGCCUUGCGGGUGCAGCCGUAAACGCCUGUCCUCCACACGCCACAGCACAGAAGUACAUUGGCAUCAGCUUGCCGCUGUGGGGGGCGGCCGGAGCCUCCCCCACAGGUGGCUGGGCGAGGAGCCACACGCCAGGGGGCCCACAGACCUCCAGCGAAGACUCUGACAGCGACUAUGAACUUUGCCCAGAGAUCACCCUCACCUACACCGAGGAGUUUUCAGAUGAUGACCUGGAGUAUCUGGAAUGUUCCGAUGUUAUGACGGAUUACGCUAAUGCGCUCUGGCAGAAGGACCUGCAGGGGACUCAGUGUGUUUUUUUAUUAGAAAGCGAUGACGAAGACAUGGAAUCCGGCGAGUGCUGCCUGGGUGGGUGUGAGCACUCUCUCCGUGAAAUGGGUUGUGGGUCUCGGGUGUCGGGUGACACUAGACGUAUGGAGGCCACCACUGGCUUCUGCCAUCAUCACUCACAACCCCACGGCGUGGGGGUGAGGCGCGCUCCAGCCUCCACCCACAGUCCCUCAUCUCCGCAAACAGAGAUGACUCUCACGUUGGAACCUCCCCAGGAUGGAACGGCCACGGUGACUGACCGGGAGACAUAUAAGCUACCCACUGCUCCUGAAGCUGUGGAAAAUGGUUAUCCAGGAAUUCAAGGAGAAACCAGAGACAGCCACCCGGCUGGAGAGGAAUUCGCUUGUGACAAUCUGCUGAACGUGGAGGAAGCCGUCAGGGGGAGAGAGAUGCGGCGCUCGUCUGGACAAUCAGAGCAGGCAGCGGGUGGCGCAGCCCAGACAAGAAUCGGGGGAAAGGACUUACCGAGCAGGAGGGGCUCUGAGAAAACCACCUCGGUGAGGCGACCAGGAAUGAAGGGAAAACCUAAGAAACUGAAAAACAGUGCAGCUGAAGGUUCCCCUAACCUCCUGUACCCCAAAGGACCUGUUAAGCACACACAAGCCCCGAGUGACCCGAGAGAGAGUCCUCACACCAGAGCAGAAGCCACCGACCUGAAUUCGCAGGUCCCCGCGGGAGGAUUUGCUAUUUCAACCCAAGCAGAACAAGAAGCAACACACCUGCAAACUCCGUCAGACUCGUGCCCCCAAGAUGGGGACUUCUCGUACUUGGAGGGUGAAGGGGGACAGGUGAACAACCUGUUUGAAACGAGCCAGGUUCCAGACGAGAGUGACCAUCCUCAGGUACAAACUCAGGAUACAGUGGCAGAGACGAUCUCUCUCAGCCAGAGGCCAGCCUCCUGUGAGCCUGCUUGGCGGCAGUCCACAGGUGCUGGGACCACAGCAGAUUCCUUCUCCACCUUAGGAGGCAUUGAUGAGGAAAAUGCACCCUUGGCCCAGCUUCUGGAACCCCAACACUGUGCUCAAGGCACGCAGCAUGAAGGCCAGGAAAGGGAAGACGACACACCUGGGUAUUCCUGGGGAGACCUAGGCCAUGAGCUGAGUGUCCCUGAGGCUGAGGACACAGACAUGUCCCCCUGUGAACUGCCAAUGUGCUCCCCUCAGGGGGGCAGCACUGACCUCGGCGAUCCCGAGGAUCUCUCUGGUGCUUCCCUGGAACCCACAAACUCUACCUCUACCCUCAGAACUGUAUGCCCUGGGCUGGCAGGUGGAGAAGGAAUGUUUGCGAUGGAGCAUCUGGAAGCAGGUGACCAAGGAGCAGGUGGUGCCCCGGGCUCUCCUGUUGCCCCAGAGAGUGAAUAUUUGCCUCAAGAAAUAUUCUCCAUGGACUUUGAGUUGGAGGAAACUCAGAGCCACGUGUCUGACUUAUGGUAUCCUGAUGACGAGACCCUGGGUGACACUUUCCAAACAGGGGCUUCUGAGGCUCCACUGGCUGCAAACGAAAGCAGCACAGGUGGGGAUUCGGCAGUGUCCCCUCUCUCUCCCCCUACUUUCACCAAGAACACUUCACCAGAGGCCAGUGAAGGUGCUUCUCAGAUAGAGAAUUUCCCCUCCGUGUUGGCUUCCAGAGUGCAGACUGGCCAGGAGGGGCUAUGCCCCUCCCUCGUAGAAGCACACGAUGGGGGAUGGCCUCUGACUCCUGAGGACAGAUCUUCUGUGUUGUUUGAAGAAGGAGGUGACAGGAGUCCCUGCACCAGUGACCCGGACACUGCAGACAGCCCCACCAGUCAGAGUGCAACUGAGGUGAUCCCUCGGGAGAUGCCUGCAGCAGUGACUGCUGAUCUGGAAUGUGUUCUGGUGACCAGGGAGAGCAGAAACACAUCAACUGUUACCAUCGCCACCAAAGUCCCCCAAGCCAAGUCCCUCCCGCUCUCCAUCACUUGGGACAGCCACGCAGAUGGCCCCGAGGACCCGGCGUGUCAGGGUGCAGGUGAGGAUGGCUCCCAGCCUCCUCCAGGUAUGCAGCUGGAGCCCAUUUUAAAUGAUUCUACCCCUGAGUCCACGGAAGAACAGACCUGCAUGGCCGCCAUGGGGCCAGGAGCCUACAUCCUUGCUCCCCAGCUCCUAGAGGAGGAACCAUCUCUUCAAGAUAAGAGCCAGGCUGUGGAUGGAGCAGAUAGCAGGAGCCUUGAGGAGAAUUUCCAAGAAAAAGGAUGUGAGACAACACAAGCAGUCCCCCAGGAGGGCCUGCCCCAUGAAGGCUCUCUUUCUGAAGAUGACCUCUGGGAAAGUGUGCCCAUGACAUCUGCUGCGCUGGAAGAGGGGAGUCUGGAGCCCAUGCCAGCAGGCCCCAGAGAGGACAGCGGGCAGAGCUCCGGCCUGGGGACCAGCGUGUCGGCAGGGGCAGAAGCUACCACAGAAGAUGACUGUCAGGUGCUGAGUACCAUCCCACUGCUCUCGAACAUUCUCCUGGAGGAGGCUAAAGAGAUUAGGCCAGAAGACUGGGGAGCAGGCAGCAAGCUGAAGAUUAUAACUCUAGAGGCUACCAUUUCAGAAAUCUGGUCACCCAGGGAAUGGGCUGAUUCUGAGAGCCAGGAGUCAGAAGCUGGUCUCAGGACUCCUGAUGGACCCUGGGCUGUUGCUGACGUUCCCCAGACAGAAGCUGCCUCGCCUGAACCAGACCCCUCGGAAACAGCAGCAAGGGCCCACAGUCCUGAGCCUGAGCCUGGCUCAGCCUCCGCUGAUGACACAGACCUCGUCCUGGAAGACGAAGACCGUGAGCCUGGCUCAGCCCUGGCUGAGGACUCAGACCUCGUCCAGGAAGAUGAAGACCAUGAAGACCGUGAGCCUGGCUCAGCCCAUGAAGAUGAAGACCGUGAGCCUGGCUCAGCCCUGGCUGAGGACGCAGACCUCGUCCUGGAAGAUGAAGACCGUGAGCCUGGCUCAGCCUCGGCUGAUAACACCGACCUCGUUCUGGAAGACGAAGACCCGGCCAGCAGUGCACAGUGGAGUGCUCCCUCUUGCCCAUGUCUGAGCCCGCUCAGAGUCCUGGAGUCAUCUGUGGACCCCGUCAAUGAAAAGGAACUUGCUGUCACAGAUUUGCUCUCAGAGGUAUCCAAAAUAGGAAGGCAGGAGCCUGUGAGCAGUGUGAGUCCAAACCAAGAGCAAAAUCAACCCAAGGAGGAUCACCCUGCCUUCUUUAAACAGUUUCUCGCCUGCCCUGAAAUCCUUGAGUCCUCAGUGGAUCCAGUGACUGAGACAGGUGAGGAGGAGUGGGCCAGGGCCGAAACACCAGAGCCUUCUGUACACAGCUUGGGGCUCAGCAGAGAGGAGAGUGAGCCAAACGAUGCAAACUUGGGCCAACGAGUGGAAGUCCAACCCACCACCUUGCAGGUUCUGUGCCCCCAGCAAAGUGGGGGAGCCACUCCAUGCGCAAACAGCACCAACUGGAACCAAGAAGACAGUGAGCAGGGCCAGCAAGACAGGGCAAACACGGAGGUCCAGCCUGCCACUGUGCAAGUUGUGUGUCCCUGGGAAGAAGGGGUGACAGUGUGGGGCAGAUGCAACAGUGGCCAAAUUCAAGUCGGCUUCGGGGAGGCUGAACAGAGUGACAACAGGCCAGGCCCCAUCUCCCCCACUGUCCCUUUGUCAAUGACUCGCUCAUCGGCUGCUGUUGAUACUCGCAACUCCACGGGUCAACUUCUUCGUGACUCAGAGGAGCCCACGAGCCACCCAUGUGCCUUUUCUCACCCAAAGGAAGGGGGAACUCUUGAGAAGGAGUGUGGGGAACAUCCGCCCACUUCUGGUGGUCUUACUCAGCCGCCUUUUACUUCAUCUCUUGAAAGAAACAACACAGACUUCUCAGUAAGCCACAAAAUUGGGGAACCUCAGGUAGGGGAGGCCCAGGUGGGGAAAGCCAAACCCACGCUCCCUCCAGUGACAGGGUUGGACGCGGUCAGGAAGAGGCCAGGGUCCUCAGGAAGUGGACAUUUAGCUGAGGGAAUAAAGAAGAAAAUUCUGUCCAGGGUGGCAGCUCUGAGGCUGAGAUUGGAGGAGAAGGAAAACGCUAGGAAGAACACGAGCUUUAUUAAAAAGACUCCUAAGCGUGAAACUUCAGGACCACACACAGAUGAGAAAAAAGAGAAAAGAGACCUCAAGAAGCCGCCUUGCCAAAGAGCAGGGAAAGCUCCUGUAUUACUGAAAAAGAUCCAAGCAGAGAUGUUCCCUGACCACCCUGGAAAUAUAAAAUUAAGCUGCCAGUUUGCAGAAAUUCAUGAAGAUUCUACCAUCUGGUGGACGAGAGAUUCAAAGUCACUCUCCCAAGUGCAGAGAAGUGCAGGAGACAACUCUACUGUGUCCUUGGCUAUCGUUGAAGCCAGCCAGAAGGACCAGGGCCUCUAUUACUGCUGCAUCAAGAACAGUUACGGAAAAGUGACUGCCGAAUUUAACCUCACCGCUGAAGUUCUCAGACAGCUUUCCAGUCACCAGGACACUAAAGGCUGUGAGGAGAUUGAAUUCAGCCAACUCAUCUUCAAAGAGGAUUUCCUCAGCGACAGCUACUUCGGGGAUCGCCUGCGCGGGCAGAUCGCCACUGAGGCGCUGCACUUCGGGGAGGGGGUGCACCGGAAGGCCUUCCGCAGCCGGGUGAUGCAGGGCCUCCUGCCCGUCUUCCAGCCGGGACACCCCUGCGUGCUCAAGGUGCACAACGCUGUGGCCUACGGGACCAGGAACAACGACGAGCUCAUCCAGAGGAACUACAAGCUCGCAGCCCAGGAAUGCUAUGUUCAAAACACCGCCAGGUACUACGCCCAGAUCUACGCUGCCGAAGCACAGCCUCUGGAAGGCUUCGGAGAAGUGCCGGAGAUCAUUCCUAUUUUUCUUAUCCACCGGCCUGAGAACAACAUCCCUUAUGCAACUGUGGAAGAGGAACUAAUGGGAGAAUUUGUGAAGUAUUCCAUGAGGGAUGGGAAGGAAAUAAACUUCUUGAGAAGAGAGUCAGAGGCUGGUCAGAAAUGCUGCACCUUCCAGCACUGGGUGUACCAGAAAACAAGCGGCUGCCUCCUGGUCACAGACAUGCAGGGGGUGGGAAUGAAGCUGACUGACGUGGGCAUAGCGACACUGGCGAAAGGGUACAAAGGAUUUAAAGGCAACUGUUCCAUGACCUUCAUUGAUCAGUUCAAAGCACUGCACCAGUGUAACAAGUAUUGUAAAAUGCUGGGGCUGAAGUCGCUGCAGAGUACCAGCCAGAAGCUGAAGAAGCCCAGCGUGGGGAAAAGUAAAAUCCAGCCCAGCUCUACAGCAGUCAAGAAGGUGGCAUCUGGGACCCCUGCAGAAAAGAACACCUAACCCCUCUGAAUGAGCGUGGAUGAGCCAGUGGCCAGUGGCCCACACUGUGGGCGGAAUCCUGGACACGCCCGGGAGGAAUGAGUGGCCCGUGGAGUGCUGUUCCUCUGACCUGCUUCUAAACCCAUGCCCUGCUGUCGCCACUGGGAUGAUUUUGGAGCAGUGUUGGCGACCAGCCUGAGAGAGACAGAGCCAGGGUCAUUCUCAAGGACAGUUCAUCUUUGUGUACGCCUCUGGCGUUUUCACCGACCUCACGUUGUGUCUGUGUAUUUAUUUGCACGUGGUUGUGUUGUCAAGGACUUGGUGCUGAGCUGAUCUGUCCCCCGUCAAAUCCCCAGCCCUGUUGCUUACCUUGGGUUUCUAGACACCUCCAGCUGCUACAUGACCAGAAAAUGCGAAUUCCUUCAUGGGGUCACGUCAUUGUAAUCAUGUGGAAUAUGCUAUUGUUGCUAGAGGUGACUUCCCCCAAGUGAGGCCACUUCGUGUCACUCUUCACACAUCCAGUUGUAGUA